UAUAUAUUAUAUAAUUAAGCAAUUCCACAACACUAUCAUCACCAACACUCUCCAGAAAAAUAUACGUCUCUAGCUAGCAGUUAACAUAAUCACAAGAAAUAAAAAAGAUGGGUGAUAAAGUCCAAGUUCUUCAGAAGAAGUUGGAUCAAACUCCAACGUGGGCUGUUGCAGUUGUAUGCCUUGUCAUGCUUGCUAUUUCAAUCUUCAUUGAACAUGCUAUUGAAUCACUUGGAAAGUUGUUAAAAAAGAAACACAAAAAGGCUCUUCAUGAAGCGCUGGAAAAGGUUAAAGGAGAGCUUAUGCUGCUUGGAUUCAUAUCCUUGCUCCUAGUGGUGUUUGAAGAUCGUAUUUCUGAUAUCUGCAUCUCAAAAGAAGCUGCAUCCUCAUGGCAUCCUUGUGGUCCCGAUGAUAAGCAUAAAGAUCCAAAAGGAUAUUAUGACAAAUGCGCUGAAAAGGGUAAAGUUGCUUUUGUGUCUGAAUAUGGGAUUCACCAGCUCCAUAUAUUCAUCUUUGUGCUUGCUAUUUUUCAUAUCCUACAGUGCAUCAUAACACUCACUUUGGGUAGAACUAAGAUGUCAAUAUGGAGGAUGUGGGAAGACGAAUCAAAGAGUCUUGAACAUCAGUUCUACCAUGAUCCUGAGAGGUUCAGGUUUGCUAGGGAUACAACAUUUGGACGAAGGCACUUGAGCUCAUGGAGUCGAUCACCAAUUUCCUUAUGGAUAGUUAGCUUCUUCAGACAAUUCUAUGGGUCAGUUAAUAAAGUUGAUUAUAUGGCGUUACGGCAUGGAUUCAUCGUGGCACAUCUGACUCCAGCAAGUGAGGCAAAAUUUGAUUUCCAGAACUAUAUCAAGAGAACACUUGAAGAGGAUUUUGUAGUUGUGGUGGGCAUAAGUCCAAUCAUGUGGUUCUUUGCGGUGCUAAUCCUGCUCACAAAUACUCAUGGGUGGUAUGCUUAUUUCUGGCUUCCAUUUAUCCCAUUAAUUAUAAUCUUGUUGGUGGGAACAAAGCUACAAAUGAUCAUAACAGAUAUGGCACUAAGGAUUCAAGAUAGGGGGGAAGUGGUAAAGGGUGCACCUCUGGUUGAGCCAGGAGAUGAAUUGUUCUGGUUCAAUCGUCCCCGCCUCGUCCUCUCUUUGAUUCAACUUGUUCUCUUUCAGAAUGCAUUUCAACUAGCGUUUUUUGCUUGGAGCACAUAUGACAAUGGGUUAAAAAUAAACUCUUGCUUCCACAGAACUACUGCAGAUAUUGUCAUUAGACUUACAAUGGGGGUUCUCACACAAGUUCUAUGCAGCUACGUCACUUUACCUCUUUAUGCUCUAGUCACACAGAUGGGUUCAACCAUGAAACCAACAAUUUUCAAUGACAACGUAGCAGCAGCACUAAAGAAGUGGCAUCACACCGCUAGAAAGCAUAUAAAACACAAGGAUUCGAGUCAUUCUGCAGCCAACACACCAUUCUCAAGCAGGCCAGGAACUCCAACACAUGGCAUGUCUCCAGUUCACCUGCUUCACAAACACCCUAGACACAGUGAUAGUCCUCUAACUUCUCCAAGGGCACCUCAUUACCAUAAUGAACAAUGGGAUGUUGAAGGGUCACCUUCCCCAAGUCAUCAUGCAAGAAAUCAUGAAGACACCAUGCAGCCUCCAACAGCAGAAUUGACUCCUAUUGGACUCCAACCUAUUAGGACUCAACAUGAAAUCAACAUUGCUUUGUCUGAAUUUUCAUUUGGGAGGGGACACCACACUAAUAAUAGUAACUAGAUGAGCAUUAGAAUUUGAAACAUUUCCUUGUUUAUAGCUUCAAUACAUAUCCAACACUUCUAUGUUGUAAAUUAACGAGAAGCAAUGCAUUUGAAGAUCGGAAUGAAAGUGAUGUAAUUUUGUUGGGACAACAUGACUUGUUACAUCUAUGGUCGAUCAAAUUCAUACAAUUGUUUGAGGUGAUCAACCCAUGUAAUGUAAAAGGAAAAAAAAAAAAAAA